AUGGCCGACAUUCUACGCCACCACCGGCAUCACAACCCCAGCGCCGGCGAGGUUCCCGUCCCCCACGGACCAGCAACCGGCGAUGAGCACGAACACUACCCGCCCGGGGACAAGCCCAUCACCUCGGACCAGGAGCGUGCCAUUUUCUCCUACUUAACUCACCCGGACGACUGUUACACCCCCGAGGGCGUCUACUGGGCCGACCUUCCCCUGCGGGAGCGCAUUGCCUUCGUCAACAAGGUCCAGAAUGCAGAGGCAAAGAAGGAGCUGCGUGCCAUUGGCCGCAUGAUGAAGGCCGACCCCCUGAGCCCCGUGUCCUGGUACUUCCGCAACGCCGUGCUGCCCGGUGCUGGCCUCGGGCUCGAGGGCUACGUCCUGUUCAGCAUCGGCAACCUCGAGCCCUUGUUCAAGUCCGCUUAUCCAGGGUGCUGGGGCAAGAAGACCGAGUGCGACGCCAAUUGGAUUGCCGCCGUCACGUACCUUGAGGUCAUUGGCAUCAUGGUUGGCCAGGUCGCUGUGGGCAUCAUUGGAGACUGGAUUGGCCGCCGUUGGGGCCUGAUUCAGGACGCCGCCAUCAUGUUUGUCGGCUUGCUCAUGAUCACGGCGAGCUGGGGGCUGAAUCUGAACGGCUGGGUCAUCUGCUACGCUUGGUCCUUGUUCUUCUACGGUUUCGGUGUCGGUGGUGAAUACCCCAUCACGGCCACGUCCUCGAUGGAGAACGCCGUCGCAGCCGGAAAGAUAUCGACGCGCGAGGAUCGCUUGCACCGCGGCCGCAAGGUCACCAUGGCUUUUCUCAUGCAGGGUUGGGGCCAGCUGAUCAACCAGGCCUUGCUGAUUCUCUUGCUUCUGAUCCUCCACCACGGUGAUGGGAACCCGCCAUACGGGUCCACGACCGUGCAGUGGAUCUGGCGCCUGUCGUUCGCCAUCCCCGCCGUGGGCACUCUGUGGCUCGUCUACUACCGUGCCUACAAAAUGCCCCACGCCAGCCGUCAGCUUGUAGCGGCCAAGAGGAAGAACAACGUCACGGGCUACGACGUCGACUCGCUCCGGCUGGCAUGCUCCUUCUUCGGUGGGCGCUUGCUCGCGACCGCCGGAACCUGGUUCUGCAACGAUGUCUUUUUCUACGGCAACAAGCUCUUCCAGGCCCAGUUCAUCGCCGUCAUCAGCGAUAACCCGACCUCUGUCCUGACGGGCUGGACCUGGAACCUGAUUAACGUGGUCGUGUCACUCGCCGGCUACUACCUCGCCUCCAUCUUCAUCGACAACAAAUUCUACGGCCGCAAGAUGAUGCAGCAGGUCGGCUUCCUGAUGUGCUUCAUCAUGUUCAUCAUCCCCGCCUUCAACUACAAGUACUACACCUCCCCGGAAGGCAUCAAGGCCUUCCAGGCCAUGUACUUCCUCUCGAGCUUCUUCAACCAGUUCGGCCCCAACAGCGUCACCUUCCUAGUCGCCGGCGAGGUGUUCCCGACGCCCAUCCGCGCCUCGGCCCAUGGCUUUAGCGCCUGCAUCGGCAAGGCCGGCGCUUUGCUCGCCUCAGUCCUGUACAACUACAUCGACACGCAGACCAAGUUCUACGUGGUCCCCUGGUUCGGUCUCGCCGGCAUGCUUCUCACCUGGCUGUUCCUCCCGGACACGACGGGGCUCGACCUCAAGGAGCAGGAGCGUCGCUGGACCUACAUCCGCUCGGGCCGGGACCACGAGUACCACGGCAUCGCCAUCCACCCGGAACACCUUUCCCUGUGGGAGCGAAUCCGAGGUGUUGGGAAGAACUACAACCCGGAGCUGGAUCUCAAGCAAAAGAUCGAGGACAUGCGCGAGGAAUGGGCCGGCAAGGAAAAGCUUAAGCGUGAGAACGAGGCCGGUGCCGCCAGUGUGGAGGAUCUGGACGACGAGGAGUGGUCCGACGAGGUGCAGAACUACUUCAAACGUACAACUGAUUCGAGCUUGCUGGCUGGGGAGAAGCGGCAUGAUGGCAAUGGCGCGCAGCUGCCGACGUUGAACGAGAAGGCUGGGUCGGAUGCCGCGUCAUCGAACUAA